UGCACACGACCACAAGUUCGCAGGUCGUGGCUGCAGAGAUGACCACCUCAGAAAAACAAGCAAUGGAGGAAAUUUAUGUCAAUGCUGAAUAUGACAAAUCUGCCAACCCAAUACCUUCAACAAUAAAUCCCAAGGGUCCAAGAAGCUCUAAGAGAAGUUUCUAUUCAGGUGUUAUUGUCUCUCUGGGACUGCUGAGUGUUUUCCUGAUGGUUGGACUCAUCACCCUUGGGGUCUACUUGAAUGAUUCAGCUGCAAGUGUCUCGGCCGUGAGCAGAAAACUUUCCUCCAUGAUUGAGGACAGAGACGUUCUGCAUGUCCAUCUUACUGAAAAGAUUAAAGAGUUGGGAAGACUUCAGAAUUUGUCCAAACAGAGGAAAACGUGUCCUGCAGGAUGGAGAAUGUUCAGCUGUAGCUGUUAUCGCCUCUCUGAAAGCUCUGGUUCCUGGGAUCAAAGUAGAAAGGACUGCAGAGACAAUGGGGCAGAUCUGGUGGUGAUAGAGAGCCCUGAAGAACAGACCUUUGUCUCUACAAUCACUAGUGAGCCAACUUGGAUUGGUUUGAACGACAAAGAACAGGAGGGAGCAUGGAAAUGGGUAGAUGGAACACGUCUGACUUGGUCGAACUGGGCCCAGGGAGAACCCAAUAAUGCAGGUGAAGAAGACUGUGGACAUCUGGAAAGUAAAGAGAAAAGGCCCUGGAAUGAUUUUCGAUGUACAGCUUCUAUGAAGUGGAUAUGUGAAAAAAUACCACAACACAAUGAAUAAUCUUUAAUCUUUGAACAGAUCCAGCUUAAUAUUUCAGAGCUAUAAUGCGCAACUUUGCCUCUGGACAUGAAAGUUUCUUUAUCUGAGGAGUUUCACUUCCAUUUUGUUUAAAUAAAGUUUAAAAAGAAAAGAUUAAAAUGUGUUGCCUUGUUGUGCAGGCCAUGAGAGAACAUGACUGAGAAACCAC